CUUAGCAUAAAUCAUAACUCAGAAAAACUAAAAUCACAUUUCGUUGAACUCAGAAUAAAACUUAUCGAAUUAUGGGCUGCGCCUCGUCGAAAAGAAUAGAGGCUACCGUCGACGUCUACCGUCCACCGCCGACGAGCUUCGCCGUCUUUGAUAUCAACUCUAUCGAAGAGCCUUGGCUCAAAGCGGGCAAUAACAAGGUAGAAGAUGAGGAGGAACAAGAAGAGAAACAACUUGCAAUAGUACCACAACCAAUUCUUGCAAAAUUCAACGCAAAUAUUGAUGAGGAUCCUCGUUCUUGGGAUGAAGUUAGCAAAGCUUUAGAAGAUAUUAAACCAACCCUACAAAAUCCUCCACCACUAAAAUCACCUAAAAAACCUCUCCUCGCACUCCCCGCGCCGCCGCCGCCAGCCGCCGAAGAUGGCGGCGCUUCCCCGAAAAGGAGACUUCCAAGAAAAAGCUUUUCCUUUCAUACCCUUGAAGAAGUUGAAUCCAACAUUUCAUCUAAAGGUUCAAAAAAACCUAAUGAGUUGAAGAAAACAGAGUCCAUGCCUACUUAUGAGGAAUAUAAAAAGUUGCAAAAGUUUGGUAAUAAAACAGUGAAAAAUGAGUCACAAAUUGUGGUUCAUACGGGGAAUGUACAACAAAGGAUAGAAUCUGAAGGGUACAAGCCAGUGAAAGAGAAUAUAUUUUUGUUAAGAGACAAAAUGGAAAGAGAAAAAGAAGGGAAAGUUCCAACUUUCAUUAAAUUUGACCCUUUAAGUGAUUACCCCGAAAAGUGUCCGCCACGUGGCGAGGAUUCAUUGGUUGUCUACACGACGUCACUAGGUGGUGUGCGUCGCACGUUCGAGGAUUGUAACAAAGUGAGGCUAAUCUUGGAGUCGCAUCGGGUGGUUUUUGACGAGCGCGACGUGGCGUUGCACGGUGAGUUUCGUCAGGAGUUGAAGGAGCUUCUAGGAGAGGAAGAAGACGCGAGCGUGCCGAGGUUGUUUGUUAAAGGAAGGUACAUUGGUGGAGUGGAGGAAGUAGUGAAUUUGAAUGAGACGAGUCGACUUGGGAGGAUACUGAAUCGAGCUCGAGUUGAGAGGGGUGUGGGGAGGUUAGGGUGUGAAGGGUGUGGAGGGGCUAGGUUUGUGCCAUGUUUUGAUUGUGGAGGAAGUUGCAAGGUUGUGAAUGGGCAUGUUAAGGAAAGAUGUCCAAAGUGUAAUGAGAAUGGUUUGAUUCAUUGCCCUAUUUGCGAUUGAAUGAGUGUAUGUAUCCUCGUACGUACACAUACAUAAAAUUUUAAGUCAGCUAAUGCAAAAAAUAUAAUUCCUUUUUUGUGAAGUGACCGCCAACUUAGUAUAGGUGCCUGAAUUGUUACAUGCACGCAUGCAAUUACCUUUGCAUAUAUAUAGUUUGUAACAAACUUUUUCAUGGUUUGGGUUCAGUGUAAAGUUUUCAGUUGAAUGAUUUAUAUACUUUAGUUUUUGCGGUA